GUCGUGUUUUCAAUUUAAUCGUAUUUUCGGUUUAGGAAAUAAUUACAGUUCAAAUAGAUUCACAUAGGUAUCAUUUAGCUAAAAAAUAUUUCGCGAUGUAAUAAUGCAGAUUGCCGUUUAAAACCAUUAAUUAUUAUUUUCAGUGUUACAAAAUUCAAAUAUAGUAAAAAAAACAAUUGAACAUUAUUAUAAUGAAUAAUAAAAUAAGUGUGUUAGUUGUGUUAUUAUAUAUUAAAGUUGCUAAGAUGACUGUUAUAGCUUAUGAUACAUCAUAUUUCAGUACAUUUGGACGAUGGCCAGGUUUUUCUCGACCUCUAGUGUCUAUGCGAAACCAGCAAUCGAUAUCUUACAGAUGUUAUUUUCCUAUAGAAUGGAGGAAUUGUUUCUUUACGCCCAAUGAUAACGUAUUUGCUACUUCUUAUUUGAACGCUGAGACCGGUAUUAAACAAUCAAGAAAUAUACAACAACUAAAUGGCCUAAUUUAUCAAAGUAAUCGUAAUUUUAAUUUAGUCGGCAAACUUCAACCUUAUAUUUCAAUGUAUGAUAGUCCCAAUUUUACAUUAAGACCAUUUAAAUCUAUACAUUCGCACAUACCGUAUAAUAGAAGAAAAUUACUAGAUGCCAAUAAAAAUAAAUUGUUGUUAUCGUUAGCAGCAUCCACUCCAUCUUAUAUAUUACCUAAAAAUGGUAGUAUUAUACAAACAAGUAACAGAACAUUCAUUGCGGCACCUACAUCAAAAAAGUUAUUACCUUCAAAUUAUACGAGUGAAACAAACGUAAAAACAAAUAAAAUGUUACUAUUAAGUGAAUUUAAUAAAGCUCUUGACAAAUUAGAACGAAAAUUUUAUAUGGUAACAUUUUUAAAAUUAUCAUCCAUAAGUCCAGUAGAACGUCGUGAGAAUGGAAUCAGCUUUGUCCAAUCGGCACUAUUUCUGCAACUGCUUCUGAUGACUAUUUCAACCGAAGUGAAUUCCAGUACAAAAACAGAGAUUGAUGAUAGCAUAGGACUUCAUAUUACUGAUGCAGAUAAAAUCGAUCUUAUCAAGGAAAUUAUUGCAACAUUACCAAGUACGGACAUGGAUCUCGUGUUUCGGUGGCAGUCACGGCUGGCUGUGGGGGCCAAUCAAAAUGUCAGUGGACAGUUCACAAACGGUGCCGCUGCUGCAUUGCAACUGCACUUAGUCCAUUUUAAUGUCUCAGAGUCGCCCCAGACACUCGCACAGAAACUUAAUCGAAUGGUAGAAGAAGAUUCCAAAGGUGCAAUGCACGAUACCUUUGAAGAAGACGAGUUUUCCGAAGGCUUGCGAGCUCUGGCAAUGAACACAGUGUACUUCCGCGCCCGCUGGCGUUCUGCUCCCACUGUACUAAAUGGCUCACGGCAGUUCCGCGACGCUGAUGCCGCCCCUAGCAGGACUGUGCGUAUGAUACGCAUCAAUGACAUCAUGCGAUACGGCGACUUGCCAGAAUGCAAUGCUGAGGCUGUAGAGGUAUCUUAUGCGACGCCUGGCCUCUCUCUCCUCGUAUUGGUGCCCCGUGGAAAGUCAUUAAGGAAGUUGGCCGACCAUAUAGUAGCCAACACCCUACAUGAUAUUACAGAAAAAAUGAUCACAAUGAGGGUGGCUGCGACGUUACCGCUGUAUACACUGCGCAUGACAUUGUUACUGCCAAGUAAAUUGCAGACAAUGGGCAUAUCACGUAUCUUUAAUUCAACGGAUACUGCACAGCUAAAGUUGUCCCAUGGUGUUCAGAGGCUGAUGUUCUGGGCAGAGGCAGGCCGAAAUGCAUUUAAAGACGAUGGAAUCGAAUGGGAGGAGGUACCCGAAUAUGAAAUCGUUGUGGAUAGACCGUACAUGUUUUUUGUGCGCUGGCGAAACAUGACACUUAUGAAUGGCAAUUUUGUACUGUAACUAUUAAUUUGUAUAGGCUAAUAACAUUAUAUCAAUGAUGUAAUAUAGGUGUAUUUAUACAAAUAAAUCAGAACC